AGAGCCAAUUACUUCAGCUCUGUGUCCAAUCACAGCUGAUCGCAUGGCACUGAUGUUCAGUGCCCUGAUGAUCAGUGUAGCCCCAUCAGUGCCACCUGUCAGUGUCCAUCAAAGCCACCUGUCAAUGCCCAUCAAUGCCACCUGUCAGUGCCCAUCAGUGCACAUCAAUACCACAUAUCAGUGCCCAUCUGAGCUGCUUUCAUUGCUACCUAUCAGUGCCAGUCAGUGCCGCCUAUCAGUGCCAGUCAGUGCUGCCUAUGAGUGCUGAAAUCAGUGCCACCUAUCAG